GGCUGGGAAUUCUCUCCACUAGCAGAGGCUGGAGGAGCAGAUAGGAUCAGGCUCUCCCAGUCCAUAGGCAGCCAGAGCACAAGGCUGGCCGUGUGUGAUCCGAGCUUGGGAGGCAGCAUGCUGCUGUAACCUUCUCCCUUCCUUCCACAUGGAUAUCAUCCGCUAGGAGCCUGGAGCAGCCCCGCACAUCACCGCCUGCACAGGGAUCUACUGAAUGUGGAGGCUGAGAAACAGAGGCACUGAGGAAGGAUAAGGGAAUUGGACCAAAAGACGCAUUUGGCAGGAAGAACAAAAACUAUGGAAUAGCUAUAAACAUGGAUAUCCUGAGAGGCAUUGGGACAUCGCCCUCUUAUAUUACCUUAGUAUUUUUACAUUUGUUCUUUAAAUUAUGCCUCGCUCUUCAAGGAACCUCUCCUCAGAUCUUCCAGUUUACACACCCCAUGUACAAUGCCACCGUUUACGAAAACUCAGCAGCCCGGACAUACCUCAACAGUCAAACCAAGAUUGGCAUUCGGUUAGCCAACCUGUCCUGGGACAUAAAAUUCAGGAUAAUGUCCGGAGAUGAAGAAGGGUUUUUUAAAGCUGAAGAGGUUGUAAUUGGAGACUUUUGUUUCCUACGCAUUCGAACAAAAGGAGGAAAUUCUGCCAUUCUAAAUAGAGAAAUUCAAGACAGCUAUUUAUUAUCAAUAAAGGCUUCAGUUAGAGGGGAAGACUUAGAGGGUUGGACAAAGGUCAGCGUGCAGGUCUUAGAUAUGAACGAUUUGAGACCCCUCUUCUCUCCAACAACUUACUCCGUUACCAUUGCAGAAAGUACCCCGAUAAGGACUAGUAUUGCACAGGUCACUGCCACCGAUGCCGAUAUUGGAUCCAAUGGUGAAUUUUAUUACUACUUCAAGAGUAAGGUAGAUCUGUUCUCCGUCCAUCCUACCAGUGGGGUGGUUUCACUGAGCGGACGACUAAAUUACGAUGAGAAAAAUAGAUACGACCUGGAAGUUUUAGCCGUAGAUCGUGGGAUGAAACUGUACGGCAACAAUGGCGUCAGCAGCACCGCAAAACUCUUUGUUCACAUUGAACGUAUUAAUGAACACGCUCCCACAAUCACUGUGGUAACUCACAUUCCAUCCAUGUUGGACGUGGACCCUUCCUAUGCCAUUGUUACUAUUGACGACGUUGACGAGGGUGCCAAUGGGGACAUCGAAUCUGUUUCUAUUGUCGCAGGAGACACCUUGCAGCAGUUCUCAUUGGUGAAGGAGGGAAAGUGGAUGAAUGAGUAUAAAAUCAAACAAAAAAGUCCCAUUGAUUGGGACAGUUUUCCGUACGGUCUGAAUUUGACUCUUCAGGUGAAGGACAAAGGGUCUCCGCAGAAGUCUUCUGAAUUGAACUACGUGCAUAUUGCUAGUCCCAAAAAGCAAAAGGUCAAGGCUCAGUUUGAAAAAGAUGUUUACGAUGUGACCGUCAGUGAAUUCUCUCCACCUGGCGCCGUGGUAACAGCAGUGAAAGCGCACCCAGCAACCGCAUCUGUGGAAUACAAAAUUUCUGAAAGUCAGGAUUCUGAGUAUUUUAAGAUUAACUCCAGGACUGGACUGAUCACCACAGUCCGUCAUUUAAACAUGGAUGGGAAAGAUACCUAUGAGAUAGAAGUGGUGCUUAAAGACGAUGAUAUUAAAGCAAAAGUCAUUAUUAAGUUGGAAGACGCCAAUGAUAACAUUCCAGAGUUCCAACAAAACACAUACGAGGCGUUUGUCAAUGAAAGUGUUCCCAUUGGAACUAGUAUUUUAAUGGUUUCCGCGUCUGACAAGGACAAAGGAGAAAAUGGUUACAUUACUUACAGCAUUGCUAGUUUAAGUUCUUUGCCUUUUGCCAUUAACCAGUUUACAGGAAUCAUUAGUACAUCAGACGUUCUUGAUUUUGAGUCAUCUCCUGAGAGCUACAGGUUUGUUGUAAGGGCCUCAGAUUGGGGUUCCCCGUAUCGCCAUGAGAGUGAAGUGAAUGUGACGAUUAAUAUCGGAAACAUAAACGAUAAUAAGCCAUUAUUUGAGAAGGUAUCUUGCCAAGGUGUCAUCUCUUUCGAUUUCCCAACUGGUGGACACAUCACCGCGGUUUCCGCCAUUGACGUAGAUGAAUUAGAGCUGGUCAAGUAUAAAAUAAUAUCAGGAAACGAGCUAGGAUUCUUCUUCCUGAAUCCAGAUUCAGGGGUUUUGCAGCUUAAAAAAUCCUUUAUCAGUUCUGGUCUGAGAAACAGUAACUUUGCACUUAAGAUCACCGCUACUGAUGGUGAAAACUUUGCAGAUCCCAUGUUUGUUAACAUCACCAUUGUACAUGGCAAGGUACCCAAUAAGUAUUUUGACUGUAAAGAAACGAGAGUGGCCCAGAAACUAGCAGAAAAGCUACUGAAAAAGUCAAAGGCCAACGCCAGGCUAAAUUAUGAAGACACGUUGUUUGAUUACUUUUCAAUAAACAGGCAGCCCCCCCAGUUUGACAAAUCAUUUCCGUCAGAUGUCUCGGUUAAAGAGGACCUUCCAGUGGGAGCCUCUGUGCUUAAAAUUAAAGCCACAGAUCCUGAUUCUGGAUUCAAUGGAAAGGUGCUUUACACGAUCACAGAUGGCAAUACAGAUAGCUGCUUUGCCAUUGAUAUGGAAUCUGGUCAACUCAGUGUUUUGAUGCCAAUGGACCGAGAGACAACAGAUAAAUAUCUUCUUAAUAUCACAGUCUAUGACUUAGGCAGUCCUCAGAGAUCUUCAUGGCGACUUUUAACUAUCCAUAUAAAUGAUGCCAAUGAUAACAGCCCCAUAUUCCUACAGGAAAGCUAUUUAGCGAACACCCUAGAGAGCACAAGCAUAGGGACCGAGCUGAUUCAAGUAGAAGCUCGAGACAAGGAUCUUGGACCAAACGGUGAAGCCACUUACUCCAUUUUAACGGACACAAAAAAGUUUGCGAUUAACAGCUCAACUGGAAUAGUGUAUGUAGCCGAUCAAUUGGACAGAGAGCUUAUGUCCAACUACACAUUGAAAAUCGAGGCAAGAGACAAAGCCGAAAAUGGUCAACAGCUUUUUUCGGUGGUUACUUUGAAGGUCUACCUGGAUGAUGUCAAUGAUUGUUCUCCAGUUUUUAUCCCUUUCAGCUACACUGCCAGGGUGCUUGAAGAUCUGCCGGUGGGCACUGUAAUAUCUUGGCUUGAAACCCAAGACCCUGACCUCGGUCUAGGAGGCCAAGUACGGUAUUCGCUGGUGAAUGACUACAAUGGAAGGUUUGAGAUUGAUAAAACCAGUGGAGCUAUUCGCUUGAACAAAGAAUUAGAUUAUGAAAAACAACAGUUUUAUAAUCUAACUGUACGGGCCAAGGACAAGGGGCGCCCUGUUUCGCUUUCGUCUGUGUCGUUUGUGGAAGUGGAAGUGGUAGACGUCAAUGAGAAUCUUCACACACCAUACUUUACGGAUUUUGCUGUAACUGGAUUUAUAAAAGAGAAUUCACGCAUUGGGACAAGUGUUCUGCAAGUCUUGGCAAAAGAUGAAGACAACGGCCGGGAUGGGGAAAUACAGUAUUCCAUAAGAGACGGCAGCGGUUUGGGGAGAUUUAGCAUCGAUGAAGAAACUGGAGUUAUUUACACUGCAGAUGUUCUAGAUAAAGAAACCACUAACUCGUAUUGGCUUACCGUUUACGCCACCGACCGAGGAGUAGUCCCUCUCUUCUCUACCAUAGAGGUUUACAUUGAAGUGGAAGAUGUCAAUGACAACGCACCUCUAACUUCACAGCCCAUUUACUACCCCACCGUCACGGAAAAUUCCCCUAAAGACGUGUCCAUCCUACAGGUCCAAGCUGUAGACCCUGAUUCAAAUACCAGCGAUAAGUUGACCUACAGGAUCACGAGUGGGAACCCUCAGAACUUCUUUGCAAUUAACGCCAAAACAGGUCUCAUUACCACAACAUCAAGAAAGUUGGAUCGCGAACAACAAGCGGAGCAUUUUCUUGAGGUGACGGUGAGUGACGGCGGCCCAUCAUCCAAACAGUCCACCGUCUGGGUUGUGGUCCAGGUCCUGGAUGAAAACGAUAACAAGCCCCAGUUUCCAGAAAAGGUUUAUCAGAUCAAACUUCCAGAGAGAGACCGCAAAAAAAGGGGCGAGCCCAUAUACCGUGCCUUUGCGUUGGACAAGGACGAAGGUCCCAACGCUGAGAUAUCCUACACCAUCGUCGAUGGAAAUGAAGACGGCAAAUUCUUCAUUGACCCUAAAACCGGCUUGGUAUCUUCAAGAAAGCAGUUUGCAGCGGGGAGUUACGACAUCCUAACAAUAAAAGCUGUGGAUAAUGGCCGCCCCCAGAAGUCCUCUACUGCCCGUCUCCAUAUUGAAUGGAUUAAGCGGCCCACCCCGUCACCCUCACCUCUCACCUUUGAUGAACCCUUCUACAAUUUCACAGUCAUGGAGAAUGAUAAAGUUACAGAGAUUGUGGGUGUGGUGACCGUGCAGCCGUCCAACAUCCCGCUGUGGUUUGAUAUAGAAGGUGGCAAGCAUGCCCGAGAGAUGUUCUAUAUUCAGCAGACAGCUUGUGGGCAGAACUGCUCAACAGAAGGGGGAAAUAUGGAUAGCGCAUUUGAUAUUGAGAAAGGAGUGGGGACCAUUGUGAUUGCAAAGCCGCUGGAUGCUGAACUUCGCUCAAACUAUAAUAUGACUGUGGAAGUUACAGACGGCACCAAUGUCGCUAGUACCCAGGUCCUCAUUCGAGUUCUUGACAAUAACGACAACGGUCCAGAGUUCUCGCAGCCAAGUUACGACGCCACCAUCUCAGAAGAUGUCCUUCCAGACACUGAGAUUUUACAAAUCAAAGCCACGGACAAGGAUGAAAACCACAAGUUAAACUACAUCAUCCAUAGCAGCAUUGACCCCAUGAGCAUGAAAAAGUUCCGCAUUGAUCCUAGCACUGGCACUCUGUACACAGCUGAGAGACUGGACCAUGAGACCCAGGCACACCACAUUCUCACCGUAAUGGUCAAGGAUCAGGAGUUCCCGUACCGACGGAACCUGGUUCGUGUUACAGUUACUGUGGAAGACGCUAAUGACCACAGCCCGUACUUCACCAGCCCGCUGUACGAAGCCUCGGUGUUCGAGUCUGCCGCCAUAGGCUCUGCAGUAAUACAAGUCACUGCCUUAGACCGAGACAAAGGAGAAAAUGCAGAACUGAUUUAUUCUAUAGAAACAGGUAACAGUGGGAACACGUUUAAAAUUGAACCAGUUUUGGGUAUCAUCACCGUAUCGAAGGAACCGGAUUUGUCCACAAUGGGUCAGUUUGUACUGUCGGUCAAGGUAACUGAUCGAGGAAUUCCACCACUGUCUGCAGCCGCCAUUGUCAGGAUUUCCUUAUCCAUGUCAGAUAAUUCAAGUCCCAAAUUCGCCCAAGCGGAAUACCAGGCUGAAGUACACGAAAAUGUGGAUGUCGGAACACCGGUUGUGUUGGUGUCUGCAAUAAGCCAGUCCACAUUGGUUUUCGAAAUCAGAGUUGGAAAUACUGAAGGAGCCUUCACCAUCAACCCGUACUCUGGAGUUAUAACAACUCAGAAAGCACUUGAUUAUGAACGGAUAUCAUCCUACCAGCUCAUUGUCCAGGCAACAAAUAUGGCAGGUAUGGCGUCAAAUACCACCAUCAACAUCCAGAUUCUUGACCAAAAUGACAACCCACCUGUUUUCCUGAGUUCCCAGUACAUCGGCAGCAUUAGUGAAGCUGCUCCAAUUAACAGCAUCGUUAGGAGCUCGGACAAAAACCCAUUGGUAAUAAAAGCAACUGAUGCAGAUAGCAACCAGAAUUCUUUACUUGUUUAUCAGAUUGUUGAGUCAAUGGCCAAGAAAUACUUUACAGUAGACUCCAGCACUGGAGCUAUUCGGACCAUAGCUUAUCUGGAUCAUGAAACCAUAUCCUACUUCCAUUUCCAUGUGCAUGUAAGGGACAGUGGGAGUCCACAGCUCACUGCUGAAAAUCCAGUUGAAGUUUCGAUUGAAGUCAGUGAUGUCAAUGAUAACCCUCCAGUGUUCAUAGAAGCAGUGUUUGAAACAACAUUACUUCUGCCCACCUAUGAUGGUGUAGAAGUCCUACAAGUCAGUGCACGAGAUCCAGAUUUAGCAAUACCACCAGAGUUGAGCUACGCUUUGACUGAGGGAAACCUAAACCACUUUGUAAUUGACUCUACUAGUGGAGUCAUUACAGUGAAGAACAGCAGUCUAUCAAAAGAUCAUUACAUGCUUAUGGUCAAAGUUUCAGAUGGAAAAUUUUAUAGCACCGCCAUUGUGACUAUAUUGGUAAAAGAAGCCAUGGACAGUGGUCUUUAUUUCACCCAAGAUUUUUACUCUGCAUCUAUAGCAGAAAAUACCACUAAUAUUACAAAAAUUGCAGUUGUGAAUGCUGGGGGUCACCGCCUAAAUGAACCAAUAAAAUAUACAAUAUUAAACCCAGGAAAUAAGUUUAAGAUUAAAUCUACCUCUGGGGUCAUUCUGACCACAGGAAUUUCAUUUGACAGAGAAGUUGAGGAGGUCUAUGAAUUAGUGGUAGAAGCAAGUCGAGAAUUAGACCACCUCCGUGUGGCGCGGGUGAUUGUUAAGGUCAACAUUGAGGAUGUAAAUGACAAUGCUCCGGUGUUUGUAGGUCUUCCAUAUUAUGCCGCUGUCCAGGUUGACGCUGAGCCGGGGACUCUCAUUUAUAAAGUGACCGCUAUAGAUAAAGACAAGGGUAAAAACGGCGAGUUGACAUUCUUCUUAGAAGACGACUACAGCCAUUUUGAAAUCGACAAGCAAAACGGGAGUGUGACAUUAAGGAAAUCUUUUGACUCGGAUCUUUCUAACAUAGAGUACAUGUUGGUUAUAAUAGCCAAAGAUCGUGGAGAUCCUUCACUCUCCGCUUCAGUUGAGCUUCCAGUUACCAUUGUCAACAAAGCCAUGCCAGUAUUUGACAAGGCCUUCUACACAUCUUCUGUAAAUGAAAAUGUCGAGAUGCACACACCAAUUUUAAGUAUUAACGCUACAAGCCCUGAAGGCCAGGGAAUUAUUUACACAAUAGUUGAUGGAGAUUCAUAUAACCAGUUUAAUAUAGAUUUUGACACAGGGGUGCUAAGUGUAGUAAGCCCGUUAGAUUUUGAAUUGACCCCAUCCUUCAAGUUGACUAUUCGUGCAAGUGAUUCACUUACUAGUGCACGGGCUGAAGUCAUUGUUGAUAUCAGUGUGAAUGACGUCAAUGACAACCCUCCAGUUUUCCAGUUUCCGUCAUACAAUGCAACUCUUUCCGAAAGCUCUCUGAUAGGGACACCAGUCCUUCAGGUUGUUGCCACUGAUGCAGACUCGGACAAUAAUAAGAUCAUAAGGUAUCAAAUUGUUCAAGACAUUAUUAACAACACUGACUCUUUUCACAUCGACAGCGCCAGUGGUUUGAUUCUCACAGCUCGAAUGUUGGACCAUGAGGUCUCGCAGCAAAGUGCUCUGAGAAUCAGGGCUACGGAUAAUGGUUUCCCCUCUCUCAGUAGUGAAGUGCUUGUUACCAUCUACAUAACAGAUCUGAAUGACAAUCCUCCGGUUUUCAAUCAGUUGAUUUAUGAGUCUUACGUCAGUGAGCUGGCUCCUAGAGGACACUUUGUGACCUGCGUCCAAGCUUCCGACGCUGACAGCACAGACAUUGACAGGUUGGAGUACAGUAUUUUGUCUGGGAACGAUCGCGUUAAUUUUUUUAUGGAUAGCAAGAGUGGCGUUAUCACCCUUUCUAAUCAUCGGAAGCAACGUCUGGAACCAAUGCACAGCUUAAAUAUCUCUGUCUCUGAUGGCCUCUUUACCAGCACUGCUCAGGUCCAUGUGAAGAUUCUAGGAGCUAACCUUUUCAGUCCAGUCUUUGCACAGAGCGUCUAUGUCACAGAAGUUCGAGAAAAUGCUCCUAUUGGAACUAAAGUCAUAUAUGUCAAAGCAACUGAUGGAGACUCAGGCAUGUACGGACAUAUCACCUACACAAUAAUAAACGACUUGGCCAAAAACCGAUUCUUCAUUGAUACGUUGGGACAGAUUGUUACAACCGAAAAGCUUGAUAGAGAGAAUCCACUGGAGCAGGACAUCAGCAUAUCAUUAAGAGCCUUGGAUGGGGGAGGAAGAGCAGCCUUCUGCACUGUCCAAGUGCUAGUGGUGGAUGAAAAUGAUAAUGCUCCCCAGUUUAAGGCUAUAGAGUAUCGGGCAAGCGUCAAGGCUGAUGUAGAGAAAGGUCAUCUGGUGACUCAGGUACAAGCCUUUGAUGAAGAUGAUGGGGCAAACUCUCGUAUUACUUACUCACUGUACAGUGAGGCCUCAGUUUCAGUAGCCGAUCUUUUGGAAAUUGACCCCGACAAUGGCUGGAUGGUUACAAAAGGAAAUUUUAACCAGUUGAAAAAUACAGUGCUUUCUUUUUUCGUAAAAGCAGUAGAUGGUGGCAUUCCAAUGAAGCACUCCCUUAUUCCUGUGUACAUACAUGUUGUACCUUCUGAAACGGUCCUACCUACCUUCAACCAACCCCAGUACACAUUUUCCGUGCCGGAAGACACUAUGAUUGGAACCACGAUAGACUCCUUCUAUAUUACACCAAUGCAGGAGGCUCUAUUCAACACCGUCAAUGGGGAAUUUCCUGAAAAUAACAAAGAUAACAUCUUUAUCAUCGACAAGUCAACUGGAAUUUUGAAACUGGACAAAAAAGUUGACCAUGAAACUAUACCCUUGUUCCAUUUUAAAGUGGCAGCCACUGUACUUUUAGACAGAGUUGAUGUCUUAAUUACUGUUGACGUAGAGGUAAAGAUAUUAGAUCUGAAUGACAACAAACCAUUUUUUGACUCUACUCACUAUGAUGCGGUCAUAAUGGAGGGCAUGCCGAUAGGUACCAAUGUUAUCCAAGUGAAAGCCGUUGAUGCAGAUUGGGGAGCCAAUGGGCAGGUCACUUACAGUCUUAUCUCGGAGAGGGAAGAAGACAAACUCUCAGAAACAUUCACCAUUGAUUCAAAUAGUGGUUUGAUUAGUACACUCAAGGAACUGGAUCACGAGAAGAACCCCAGCUACACAUUUAGUGUUGUAGCAGCCGACCUCGGAGAGGCUUUGUCUUUUUCUUCCUCCACCAUAGUCUCUGUAACCGUCACCGAUGUCAACGACAAUAGUCCCGUCUUUGAACAGGAAGUGUACAAGGGAUCUGUGAAGGAAAGUGAUUCCCCAGGAGAGGUGGUUGCUAUACUCAGUACUUGGGAUGAAGACACCUCUGAUAUAAAUCGGCAAGUCAGCUACCAUAUUACUGGUGGAAACCCCAAGGGAAAAUUUGCCUUAGGACUGAUACAGAAUGAGUGGAAAGUUUACGUUAAACGAUCUUUGGACCGUGAAGAGCAGGACAUGUUCUAUCUCAACAUCACAGCCACUGAUGGUCUUUUUGUGUCUCAGACUGUUGUGGAGGUCUCUGUAACGGACGUCAAUGACAACAGCCCAGUGUGUGACCAGGUUAUAAACACAGCAUCCUUUCAAGAAGACAUUCCUCCAAAUAAAAUGCUCCUUAAAAUUAGCGCUACAGAUGCAGACAUCGGAACCAACGCCGAGAUACGAUAUUCUCUUCACGGUCCUGGCUCUGAAAACUUUUUUCUAGAUGCCGAGAGUGGUGAGCUGAAAACUUUGGCCCCCUUAGACCGGGAGAAAAUCCCAGUCUACGACCUAAUUGCCCGCGCCACAGAUGGAGGAGGAAGAUUCUGCCAGUCUAAGAUUCGUUUAAUUCUGGAAGAUGUCAAUGAUAAUCCUCCGGCGUUUUCCUCCGACUAUUACACUGCCAGCGUCUAUGAGAAUACCGUAACCAAAGCAUUGCUGACCAGGGUGCAGGCCAACGACCCAGAUGUGGGAAUAAAUCGAAAAGUUGCCUAUUAUCUGGUUGACUCUGCGGACGGGCACUUCACGGUUGACGAGCAAUCCGGAAUCAUUGUCCUGGAGCAGCCACUAGACCGGGAACUCCAAUCUUCUUACAACAUCACAGUCAAAGCGUCAGACAGAAACCCGGCCCGGCCACUCUCCUCAUUUGCCGUUGUUACAAUCACCGUAUUGGAUGUUAACGACAAUCCACCGGUAUUUGAAAGGCGUGAUUAUGUGGUCAGCGUUCCCGAGGACACGGCCACUGGCACCCAGGUCAUGUCUGUGUUUGCAGCAAGCAAAGAUAUUGGCACCAAUGCAGAAAUAUCUUACAGCAUCAGGACUGGAAAUGAACACGGGAAGUUCAAGAUCAAUGCGAAAACAGGGGCAAUAUUAGUGAUCAAAGGUCUGGACUAUGAAAGCUGCAAACACUUUUACUUGGCGGUGGAGGCUAAAGACGGCGGCGCCCCCCCACUCAGCGCGGUGGCGACGGUCAGCAUCAACAUAACCGAUGUCAAUGACAACGCGCCAAUAUUCAGCCAAGAGGUCUAUAGCGCGGUGAUCAGUGAAGAUGCCUCUAUUGGGGAUUCAGUCAUUAUGGUGUUUGCUGAAGACCUGGACAGCCCGUCCAAUGGACACGUUCUGUUUUCCAUUGUCCACGGUGACCAAGAUAACCAGUUUGCCGUUGAUCCAUCUUUAGGACUAAUUAAGGUUAAGGAUAAAUUGGACCGGGAACGGGUCUCCGGUUACUCUCUACUGAUACAAGCAAGAGAUAGCGGGUUCCCGUCUCAGUCAUCCACCGUGACCGUAAAUAUCGAUAUUUCCGAUGUCAACGACAACAGCCCCCAGUUUACACCGGCCAACUACACCGCUGUUAUUCAGGAGAACAAACCAGUUGGAACGAGUAUCCUACAGCUGGUAGUCACUGACAAAGACUCGUACCACAACGGACCGCCAUUUACUUUCACAAUAUUAAGUGGGAAUGAAGAUGGGAAAUUUGUACUGGACCAGUCCGGAUUGCUAUGGUCUUCAGUGACGUUUCAGCAUACAAUUGCCAACGAACAUCUGCUCAUUAUACAGGCGAAAGACUCGGGGAAACCAUCGUUUACCUCGCAGACCUACGUGCAGGUAAGAGUCAUCGAAGAGAGCGUCCACAAGCCCUCGGCCAUCCCUCUAGAGAUCUACAUUGUCACCAUGGAAGACGACUUUCCCGGCGGAGUCAUAGGCAAGAUUCACGCCACCGAUCAGGAUGUCUACGAUGUCCUCUCCUACAGUCUGAGGUCGGAGCAGAAGAGUUUGUUCAAAGUUAACAACAAUGAUGGGAAGGUUAUCGCUCUUGGCGGCCUUGACGGAGGCAAAUACACGCUGAAUAUAUCUGUUAGCGAUGGGCGCUAUCAGGUGUCAGUAGAUGUGACUGUCCACGUGGAGCAGCUGAUACAGGACAUGUUGCACAACGCUGUCACCAUUCGUUUCGAGAACAUCUCCCCUGAAGACUUUGUUGGGCUCCAUUUGCAUGGCUUCCGUCGUACCCUCCGAAACGCGGUUCUCACACAGAAGGAAGACAGCCUGUAUAUCAUCAGCAUCCAGCCCGUGGCAGGCACCAACCAACUGGACAUGCUGUUUGCGGUGCAGAUGCAAGGCGGAGGGUUCUAUAAACCGGCCUAUCUGAUUCAAAAGAUGGCAAACGCAAGGAGACAUCUGGAAAAUGUGAUUCGGAUAUCAACAAUCUUGGAAAAGAAUUGCUCCGGGCUGGACUGUCGGGAGCAACAUUGCGAGCAGACGCUGUCCAUAGAUUCCCACUCGCUAAUGACCUACAGCACAGCGCGCAUCAGCUUUGUGUGUCCGCGCUUUUACAGGAAUGUGCGCUGCAUAUGCAGUGGUGGGGUCUGCCCGGGGUCUGCCGAUCCGUGUCUGAACAAGCCGUGUCCUGAGGAUAUGCAGUGUGUGGGGUAUGAAGUCAGCCGGAGACCUUAUAUGUGCCAGUGCCCACCGGGCAAGCUCGGCGAGUGCUCAGGACACACAUCCCUCAGUUUCGCUGGGAACAGUUACAUCAAAUACCGGGUAUCUGAAAACAGCAAGCGAGACGAGUUCCGAUUGGGCUUGCGAAUGCGGACGCUGCAGAACAACGCUAUCAUCAUGUACACAAGAUCAAACCCUUGCAUGAUUCUGAAGAUUGUGGAUGGUAAGCUGUGGUUCCAAUUGGACUGUGGCAGCGGCCCAGGAAUCCUGGGAAUUUCUGGCAGGACGGUUAAUGAUGGGAACUGGCACUCUGUCUUUUUGGAGCUGAAUCGGAAUUUCACAAGCUUGUCGCUGGAUGACAGCUACGUGGAGCGUCGCAAAGCGCCACUUUAUUUCCAGACCCUCAGCACUGAUAGCUCUAUUUACUUUGGAGCUCAGGUGCAAGUGGAAAAUGUCAGAAGCCUGACUGACAAAAGGAGUACACAGGUCUUGGGAGGCUUCCAGGGAUGCCUGGAUUCAGUCAUCUUGAAUAACAAUGAACUGCCACUUCAGAACAAGAGGAGCAGCUUUGCAGAAGUGGUCGGCUUGACUGAAUUAAAGCUGGGCUGUGUCUUGUAUCCUGAUGCUUGUGAAGAGAAGCCAUGCCAGAACGGAGGAGGCUGUAUCAGUGUGCCAUCUGGUGGCUAUCAGUGCAGUUGCCCGUCUCAGUUCAUAGGGAAGAACUGCGAGUCUGAGAUCACAGCGUGCUUUCCCAAUCCCUGCCGGAAUGGCGGGUCAUGUGAUCCCAUUGGGAACUCGUUUAUCUGCACCUGCAGGACAGGUCUGAGAGGAUUAACGUGCGAAGACGAUAUCAACGAAUGUGAACGAGAGGACUGUGAGAACGGGGGGACGUGUGUGAACCUUUUCGGGUCAUUCUUCUGUAAUUGCACUCACGGAUAUGUUGGGCAGCAUUGUGGCCUACGACCGGUGGUGGUGCCCAACAUUCAAGCUGGACAUUCCUACGUCGGCAAGGAAGAACUGAUCGGAAUAGCCGUGGUUCUGUUCGUCAUAUUUGUCCUCAUUAUCCUUUUCAUAGUGUUCCGCAAAAAAGUAUUCCGCAAAAACUACUCCCGUAACAACAUCACUCUGGUCCAAGACCCCGCCACUGCGGCCCUGCUAAACAAAACCAACGGAAUUCAGUUUAAAAAUCUCCGGGGCGGUGGGGAGAGUAGAAAUAUUUACCAGGAAGUUGGUCCACCUCAAGUUCCUGUGCGUCCCAUGGCCUACACUCCUUGCUUUCAGAGUGAUUCUAGGAACAACCUGGAUAAGAUGGUUGAUGGUCUUGGUGUGGAACAUCAGGAGAUGACAACCUUCCACCCAGAGUCUCCUCGGAUACUGACAGCCCGAAGAGGUGUGGUGGUGUGCAGCGUGGCCCCAAAUAUGCCUUCCGUCUCCCCGUGCCGCUCUGACUGUGACUCCAUCAGGAAGGGACCCUGGGAUACGGGAAAUGAUUGCAAAGGGCUGGAUGCGGCGGAAGACAUGACAUGCUUUGUGGGAAGCACAAAAGGAAGCAAUUCUGAGAACCAGUCUCUCAACUCCUUUCAGUCCGAUUCCGGAGAUGACAAUGCUUCCAUUGUGACUGUCAUUCAUCUAGUCAACAAUGUUGUUGAUAAUAUAGAAAAUGAAGCUUCAGAAAUGGACCAAGGACAGAAUUACAACAGAGCAUACCACUGGGACACUUCUGAUUGGAUGCCCGGUGCUCGUUUGUCCGACAUCGAAGAGGCUCCGAACUAUGAAGCAGCUGAUGGAACUUCUGCUCACCACGGUAGCACCAGAGAACUGGAAACUGAUUAUUACCUGGGGGGCUAUGACAUUGACAGUGACUAUCCCCCUCCCCAACACGAAGAUUAUUUAAGUCAAGACCAACUCCCACCUCCUCUCCCGGAGGACUUCCAAGAACAUUACGACACCCUUCCUAAAGUCCAGCCCAGGUCUGUGGUCGACACGCUCAGCCCAGACUGCAGGCGGCGCCCGCAGUUCCAUCCCAGCCAGUACCUCCCACCCCAUCAUCUCUCAAACGAAAUAGACACAUCCGUUUCACAGCCUGGACAUUCAUUUAGUACUUUUGUGCCUGGUCCAAGCCAAAAGGUGGAGACAACAAGCACAGAUAACGUAUCUCUAUCCUUGCACAAUUCAGUAGGUGCUUCUUCCUCGGACAUCUCGGCUAGCUGUGGACUGGAGGAUGCGGAAGUGGCCAUAAGUGACUAUGAAAGUUUGGAUGACUUUCGAAUUGACCAUUCCCACAUUCCCUAUAUGGAAACCCAACAUCAGACGCAAGUGUGACCACAUGGGUUCCAUUUUUUUUUAUACAUAUAGCAUUUCUUGACUAGCCCCUAGAGGCACAUAUAGAAGGAGGUGCAGCAUUUGUGGUGGACUUUGUAAUCCCGAAUGCAAACGAUGGAAUCCCAACAGCUUUGGUAGUAUAUUAGCGAUCUGUUGCAAAAACGAAAUAGACAAUCCUUCUAACAUUUUGCUUAUAUUUAUUGCCAAAAGUAUGCACAGUGUUUUAAUACUAAAAAUAUAGUUGCAUUUUGGAAGGCAAAGAUUUUAAAUCUCACACGCGUUUUAAAAAAACAAAAAAAAAACGCCAACCCGUUAAGCAGAUAUCAAUGUCUGCGUACACUAGACGUGUGUAUCAGGUGCCAUGGAAAGGUGGUAUUGUGGUUGUAAGAUAUAUUAAAGUCUACGUCUCGCCUGCGUAAGGUGGCGGUGGCCAUUCUGCAUGCAGAACAAUUGUACCGGGCUGCAAAACAUCUCAGCUCACCAGGAUCCAGUAGCGUCAAGUGUCCAAGUCAUAUGUCUGGUUCCUUGAGAAUCCAUAGACUGCAGUCUCGUAUUAUUGCAUAUGUCCACACACUGUGGCCAGAAUUCCUUUUAAAUUGAGGGAAGAAAAAAAAAAGAAAAUGAAAAGCAACAGGGCUGUUUACAAACCUAAAACGAACGUUUACUGGAAUAGCACAAAAUGAUAAACCUAACAAAACUUAAAAAAAAAAAAGAACAAUGCUUUAAACAGAUGACCACAUGUCACAUGUAUGUAUAUAUUCUAACAGAAUUAGCCAUACUUCUCAAUAUGACGAUUUCCUUUUACGAAUGUGUGUGCCUUGUCUGUGACGACCCUUUUCCGUUCACGCAAUGGGCCACCUUUCUGUUUUGCACUAACAAAAAAAAUCUGUCCACCAUCCAUAUAAGCAUUUUUCUAGUCCACCUUAAAACUCCCGUUAAACAUUAUUGAGACAUCAUGUAGCAUAACCCAACAUUUGAAUGAACCUAUGUAAGCAAUAAGGUACAGCGCAUUGUGUUGUCUUUGGUAGAUCAGCAGUAUUACGUAUAUACGAUAUCUAUAGAGAAAUGAUCCACCUGUCCUUCCGGUAUUUUUGUAAUGAUUUCUUUUGCAAACUGGGCAAGCGAAAGGAUGAAAAGUUGUGAAAAUAAAGAAACAAACAAAACUCAUUUGCUUUCUUUUGCCAUAGGGGAAGAGUUCAGAAAUGACACAUUAAUAUACAGAACCUGUCUUUAUAAUCUGAAAAAAAGUAUAAAGUAUCUGUAAAACUGUAUUAUUACAUUUAUUCCAAACUGUAUUAUUACAUUGGAGAGUACUAAUUUAGGAUAGCACUAGCCGCGGACUAGCUGAUCCACUUGUUUGACCCAACCGCCGAACACCCUAAUCUGUGGCUAUUUUGCAUUGAGCCAAGUUGGAAAGAUAAUUGUAACAUUGGUUGAAACAGUAUCCAACCCACUAGUAUGUUGCUAGAACAUUUGUGGUUCUUCAUGUCAGUACCAGGAUAGAACGUACCUAGAACAUGCAAGCAGGUCAGAUGUUUGUUUGGGAUAUACCUCUCGCUCGUUCAAUAAUUGUCACACAGUACUGUCAAUAUCCAUGAUACCAUUGGUUGCAUACACAGUGGACAGUUGUUGGAGCUUGGUUCCACCCUUGCUGCAGUGGAGCAGAAGUCAUUUGUCGCAGUGUGGCUGAGAGAGCUGCUUAGUUUGCCUCAGUUUCCUUCUUCUGUUAAGAAAGCACAAGCUUCCCAAUAAUACUAUAAUUAGUUUGUGCCAACUGCUUUCAUCUGUAUAAAUCAAGUAAAACAGAAAAAGAACACACUAGAUAAUAGAAGUACCAAUGUUUAAAGGGAACUAUCCUGAGUAAUGUAUGUACAGUAUCUCAGAGCGCGCCGGUAAGAUAACUGCGUCCCAUCAAAGAUAUGUUGCGAGAAGUGACAGACCGCUUACUGGUAGUCUUCCUCUUCUACCGCAAUUUCCACUUUCCCCCACAAGCCACUUGCUUGGUACCUACUUUGAGUUUAUAACCAUGGGUGAGGGGAUGACAUUGGCAGAAGAGUAGAGUCCUUGACGACAUAACUUCAGAUCUGAAGGAGGCUGUGACCCCCAAAUACUUUCAAGUCCAGUCUCAGGAAACUGGGGGGGCAGAGAUUGGUAGAUGCAGAGAUAGCACAGGUCAAUAUGGACCGUCUUCUUGGAAUCACUCUGAAGUAGUCAGAUGAGUUUAUCCUGUCAUCACAAGUAUGGUAUAGAUCAAAUAAUAUCUCCAAGGGUGAAUGAUACCCCAUUGUGUUUUUGCCUAUAUAUGUGUUAAAAUAAAGGUCACUUAUAAAAUAAAUAUAUAUAUAUAUAUAUAUAUAUAUAUAUAUACUGCCAAGUGUAAUCCCCGGGACUAUAGCGGGAUAUCACCAAGUGUAUAGGUACAUGGCCAGUCCCCAUUAUGCAUAUAGGGCCCACUGUAGUGUGCAGGGGGCAGGGACACACCCUCUUGGGGUCACCACUGCGCCCCUGUGUCAGAUCUGUUCCUCUUCUUCCCACUAUCAGCACCCCUGUCUAUAUACCAUGAACUGCAAUAUAUUUUGAUCUACACGUUGUGAGGGUUUGCUCUUAAUACAGGAAAUAUUCCAUAAAAUGAGAAUCAAUGCAUAGCACCGUGUUCUUAUGCAAACCUGUUUCUUACCUGGGUGUCCCUAUAUAUAGAUUUAUAUCACUAAAGUAUCCACUAUAAACCUGAAUUUGUAUUUUGCAACAUUAAGUGCUAAAUAAGCAGCAUUUCCAGUACAUACCUUGUACACAGUGGAACAUAAUCUGUUUUAUUUCCAGGUUAGAUUAAAUGUGGAUUGAUAAUACAUAGCACAUUGUGGUGGGAUAGAUACGUAGAACUGAGUAUUAAGUAGUAUUUCUUAGACAUUGAUAAUUAGCAAAUAAAUAGAUAGCCGCCUGUGCUGUGGAAGAUAUCAAUCCAUUACAAUAAUUACAUGGACUGUACAGAAGAUGGGACUAUAGUUCUGUCUCUUGCCAUAUUUCUGUUAUUUAUUGGUGCUUGGUAAUCUCUUCCUGCAGCCAUGUGUUUAGGUCCUGUGCAUAGUGUCUAUAAUAUGACUUAUCUCUUACUGUAGCGCUUUCAUAUGUAGUUGUGCAGUAGUUAGGCAUUAAUGUUACUUGCAUGACUCUUUCAGCUUAGUCCUUACAGAUUAACCAGCUAUAUUUUAUUCAGCUUUGGGCUACUUGUCCAGAUAUUCCUCCACACGCCUUACAAAUGAAUGGAAAUACAAUAAGGUCCUCUAAUAGGUUUAGCAGAUUACAUUUUUUGCCAGAGUUUAGAAAUUUGUUUUUAAAAGUUGUAUUUCAUAUUUAAAAGCAACACUAAAUUGUUUCUAUUUUGUAUAAUAUAAUAUAAGAAAAGGCUUUUACCUAACACCUAUCUGUGAAUGUGUAUCUGCUGCCCACAUACAAUCAAGGCGGCCAUUUUAUGGACAGAUCUAAUGUUCGCUAGACUAAAGGCCUAGGUGUGCCUCAGUAAUGCCACUGAUGUCUAGGGACCUGAUAAGGCUGCAUUUUUAUCACCAUUGGUUCGGUGCACAAAAUGGCUGCCUCAAGCACAGUGCAUACAGAAGUUUCUGGAAGCAAGAUGGCAGCAAUUGCAGAGGAGCGGAAGAUUGUAGAGCAUGAGGUGAGGAGUUUGGCAGAUUAAGGUUGUUCCUUGCAAAGUAUGGAGUAGGCACGUUGGUGCACUUAAUAAUGCGGAGAUGUGUAAAAAUAAAUUUUAGGGUAUAAAUAUGGAAAAAAACGAAAGUGCUAAAGAUGGUGCUUUCCUUGCUAUACAGGUGGAUAUAUGGCCAUUGCAACUCACAUAAAUAUUUGUGCACCUCUCAGAGCUACUGAUUUUCAGAUUUUCUCCUAGACUUUUAUUGAGGUUGAUUUCACUACACCAGACUGCAUUUCAAGGUAGAAAUGCGUUUCUAGGCCUGUUGUAACCAGUGUUGCAGUCCAGACGUUCCAUAACUUCCUAAUUUAUGCAUCAAAGAGACUAAACUGUGCAGCAUUAUAGGAGAACAAUGGGACAGUUUGACUUGGUAAACAGAUGGUUCUACAAGGUUUAACGUUGAGACGUUUACAUAUUUGCUCAGUGAUCCUUUUUAUACUUUUCCACUUCUCCCCACACGGGGGUGCACUUGUAAUACUGUAUGUGGAGAAAUCACCCGAGGAUAGGCGACCCUGAUGUGCGCUAAUUCAAUGUGUUAUUUGGUGCAUGUUGCGUUUCACUUUGUAAGUGAGGCUCGGUUUGUGAGGGUAAAAUGCGUACUGUAAGAUCUCUGAAACCAAUUUCUACAUCCUGUCAAUCAAGCAGUAUGGUCAGAAUCAUGUAUUUUAUUUCUGAAUAUAAAUCAAUUUAUUACAGCACAUGUACUAAAAAAAGUUCAAAAAUUCUAAAAAGAUUUGGAUAAAUACCAUAUGUAAGACACAGUUAUAGAUACAAGUCAGGCACUCAGCAGUAUGUGUUAUGUAGCUCCUGUUGGGUGACACCUACAGUAUUAAUUAUUUAUUUCAAAUGGUGCCAUGUUUUAAGGUUAAUUCCAAGUGAGAUGUUGGCACAUAACACAAUUCAAAUCUCUGGUUGAGAUUUCAGUAUUUACUCAGGAUACAGCCUUGAAAUGCCUGGACUUGUGUAACCAUCUGUUCUCAUACGGUAUAAUAUGAGUCUAUGUAAUCAUUAGUGACAUUUAAUGUAAAAAAGUAAACCCUAUAUACACUGUACACACAGUGUUGUUAAUUCAUCAGUUGUCAAGGGACUGGUGAAAUAACUUGGUGCAAAUUACAUCUUUUCUUUUUCCGAUACUAGACCUAAAGGGGGAUAUUCAAUUGUUUGAAAAGUCAGUUGGGUGUCUGUUUUUCCUAUCUAAUAGACAGGAAAAAACAGACACUCAACUGACUUUUCAAACCAUUGAAUUCCCCCCAAAGAAUAAUCAAACCCAUUAUUCUGCUCUGAUAUAUAUUCAGUCCUGUAUUUGGAGCUCAGUGGUUUACUGUACUUCAGGAUAUUAAAUAUUAACACUCGAAUAAAUCUGUCCCCCACAAUUGUUGGCUUGUUCCUUUGCUAACUGUUGCUAUGUUAAAAACAAAAACUACUUAGGGAGGCAAAACAUAUUUAUUUUGCUGCCCUCUGUAAAAGAGCAGGAGGUUUGUAGAACUGCAGAAUCCUGAGUAUACCUCAUAGUUAUAAUAAAUUUUCAGUAUGGAUUAAUGUAUCUACACGUUCUGGAUUAUUGGGUGGGUGCCAACGUAAAACCGCAUUUCACUAAUUAUUGGCCUGAAAGUCGAAAUGCGCCCAGCCCUCUAUAGAUUUCAAAUGUAGCAGGAGCAGAGGCACCAGGAGAAAGACAGAUAGUACAAAAGAUGCUCAAAAACACAGUACACAAAUAUAACAUUUUCACUUUUUAUAUACAUUUUAAGUUAAGAGCCAGUUGCGUUUUCAUCUAACUCUGAGGUCGUCUGUGCAUUGCCGUUUCAGCUUUUUUUGUACGACAGCAAUCUGCUGUUGAAUCUGCUCUGUCUAUUGAAAGCCAGUGCUUUUCCGCUAAUCCUUAUGCCCUUCCCAUAGUACGUAAUACCCGUCCUGUCUGUAAUACACUUAUAUACUGAACUGUUUAUGUGAUUGUUUAUUGAAUGUAUUUUUUUUUAAUUAAAAUAUUGUCAGUAUUGUCAUAACCAUUCACACUGCCCAUAAUUUGUUGCAAUGGAGAAGGCUUGCCAUUCAGAAUACUAGUGUGGGAAUAAGAUACAGUGUAUUAACAUCUUUAUAUAAAUUAAUAUUAUUUAAUGAGCUGGUACAUAUUCACUCUAGCAUAGAUGUAGUGCAAUUUCAGGUCUCUUAAUAUUCUACACUUUGGAGUAGAGUUGAUAAAAUGUCUAAAAAGAAAAAGUGGCAGUGUUGCAGAUUGCAACCAAUCAGAUUCUACCUAUCAUGUAUCUGUUAUGUUCUAGAAGAUGAUAGCUAGAAUCUUAUUGGUUGUGAUGAGCAAAAUCUGUCUUUUAUUCACUCGUUAUACCAUUUAUAUGAAAUACAUUAAAAAGUAUCAUUACCCAUGUACCUAUAAAAAUAUAACUACAAGUAAUAUAAAUACAAGUCAUUUAGUAAUUAAUCCAGUUCUUUGUGUUACCAAAAUGUUUAUCAAUUUAAUUCACAAAUUUUCAGACAAAUUCUACACUAACUUGUCCCACUUCUAUGCAGCGAUCUACAGAUUUUACAUUUGCCGUGUAACAUGAUUAAUGUGCCAUAGACAGAGACUGUUCCUUUUGACUACAUAUCACAGAUUUCAUGUUUGCCAACAAUAACACUUUUACCCCAAACUAAAGUUGCACUUCGAUGAACAAAUAAGCCCAUUGUUAAGUACUGUAAUUGUGUUCUUAAAACGGACAGCAAUAACAAAACAAUAAUGCAGUGUAUAGUAUUUUAAAAUAUCAACGUAAAAUUGAAAAAUAUUACUUUCAUAUCACACUUUCCUUCAUUUCGGAGCCCAUCGAACUGCAAUGUUUUUCGCUUUGGAAAGCAUUUAAAGCACUAAUCGUGUCAGUAUCCCUGUUUUAAACAGGCUGGAUUAUAAGGAUGUAUGUUGUAGUAUUGAACAAUGUUUGUAAAAUAAGGUACUGUAUGGAAUGUAUAUAGUGUUUUUUUUAAUUAAUAUUAUUUUUUUUACUUUUAAGCUCUUGUAGAUAUAAAAUGGCAACAAUCAGACUGUAUUUUGCAACCGACUAAACAAUUAUAUGCAUUUGAAAUUGUACCUGGUUAUUACUAUUCUCAUGACUAUCUGUAUUGUCAUUCAUUCGGUUAGCUAUUCCAGUUACUGUAACUUUCCCUUUUACAAAUCUUUUUUUGUAUAUUUUAUUUACUCAACUUGUACAAUUUAAUAUUGCCAGUUUUACAAUGUCAUAACUUCUCGGAUAUUGAGAAAUGAAUUAUGCAAACGGUAAUAGAUGGACUGGAUAUUAUUUUCAGCACUUGACCCCAAAGGAAGAUUUCUGUUUCCUGGUGUAUAUUGCUGUUGACAGUAUUAUGCAUUAUAUUUGUUUUUGUUACUUAUUUUUUUGUUUUUUUUUUGUUUUAUUUUCUUAGAAACGGUGUACAGGUUUGUAAUUGUCAGAAUUUGAUAAACUUGAUGGUUAAGAAUUUACGAGAAAAA